GGCGACGGCUGUGCGCGGGCGCCGCUGCCGGCGGAAUCCCGCCCGGGAGUCGUCUCCAGUGAAAUGACCAUUGGCUCUAAAAAGAAGACUUCAUUUUUCAUGAUAAAAUGGCAGUGGUGAAUACCUCCAGCCGUGAGCUCAAGAACACCCAAGAGUUGUUUAGUGAGGUACCCCUGCUUCUGAGGAGCCUAGUGGAGGAGCCCAAGAAAAGAACAGAUGUACCUAAUCACCUCCUAGAAUCAAAGGUUUACGCAAAACUUCUGAAUAAUAAGAUCAUAGAGGCAAAACCUGGCAUAGUGCAUUUUGGAGGCUAUCAAGUAGAAAAACAGCACCAACAGAUUCUGAAUCUGGUCAACAUUUCCGGUGAGGACAUCCACGUUCACGUCUUACCCCCACAAACCAAACACUUUGAGAUCAAGUAUGUGAAGAAAGAACACCGCCUGGUCCCUGGCUUGUCCCUCACGGUCACCAUUAUAUUUUCUCCAGCUGAGUGGCGCUACUAUUAUGAUUGCAUCCGUGUUCACUGUAAGGGGGAUGACACCUUGCUCAUUCCCAUCCAUGCCUACCCUGUUAUGAAUACCCUGGAUUUUCCCUCAUUUAUAAGUCUAUCAGAUGUUCUCCUGGGGCAAAGCAAGAAUUACGUUAUUCCCUUGCAGUGCAGCUGCCCUGUAGAUUUUGAGUUUCAUAUGGCUUUGAUUCAGGCGCAUCAAGCCUUUACUAUUGAACCAACAUCAGGAAUAAUUCCGGCUAAUGGGAAGGUGAAUGUGACUGUCAAGUUCACACCGUUUCAGUAUGGAACUGCACAGAUCAAAGUGCAGCUGUGGAUCUCACAGUUCAACUCCCAGCCUUACGAAUGUGUGGUCACCGGGACAUGCUACCCCAACAUGGGUUUGAAAUUAGAAGAAUUUGAAAGAUUAACUGCUCUUUCUAAGAAAGUAAAUGUUCCUCCAGAGAAGACAAUGACACGUAUAUAUUUUCACAGACCACCAGCAAAGGCAAAGCCUCAGAAGAUUAAGGAAAUUGAAUACCAGAACUUGAGAUUUCCAGUAGAUUUAUCAAAUCCAUUUGCCGUGGCAACCGUUUUAAACCAAGAACCAGGAAAACUGAAGAUCAGAAAAUUAAGAGAAGUUUUGGACCAAGGCAAUGAGAUCUCACAAACAAGACAAAUGAAGGAAGCUCUCUUUGAACAGAAAGUCAGACAGGACACUUACGAAGAAGCCAAAAAUCACCUUAAGUGGCAGGUGCACCUUGGUAAAGAUCCCGUAUCUUUUAAAUUAAAAAGAGAGCUUAUCGAAGAACAUCAGAGAGCAUGCGCAAAAUAUAAGCUAGAUCGAGGAGAUCCCAUUGAGAAUGAGGAAUUUGAGCGACUCAGGACGGAAGUUAGCCACAAACGGAUUAUUCGCAACCUAGAAGACAAAAUCGAGGAAUUUCAUCCCAGCUUUGAUCCACUCAUUAACAACACUUGGGCCAACAGGUUCAGAGCACUAAGGCGGUUUCAACAGGCGGCACGCAAGGUCAUGAUUCAUCGACGAUUAGUCAGUAUGCUGGGUGCGAUUCGUGAAAUGGACAGAGAGACCGUAAAGGGAAGAGUCAGCCAAGGGAAAAAAUCGUUGUUAGAAGAGAAAUCCCCCAAGUACCUCUUCCUGCCUGGCGUCGGUCACAGUGAUUAUUCCGCACGGUUCUCCGUGGCGCCCAGCGACGUGCUACCCUUCGCCUUCCCAUCCUACAGUCCUCCUCAGGCCUCCGACGAGUUGGCUCCGGACGGCCUGGGACCGGUCCCGAUUAAGGCUUCAGAAGUUCAAAUCAAGCAGUCCUAUUCCUUCCUCGAUUUGCAGGUUCCUCAACUGUACAGAAUCAAGGGGUAUCAACCCUUCUCUGUCCAGGAGUCUUCGACAAGUUACAAACCUGAAAAGCUUGCUCGAACCCUGAAGCAAGGAGCUGAGGACGAAGUCACCACCAUCAUAGUCCUUCCAAAACAGGACUCCAUGCCUCAGCCCUCCAGCAAGACCUCCGUCUUGAACAUGAAACCACCUGAAGCCUUGGCCAGGUCUCCAGAGUAUGAUCCGCUGUAUAUUUUUAAUCCCAGCCCAGGAUUGUUUGCUGUGAUGCAACCUCUGACCUACCCAGAAACCGUAAUAGAUUACCACCUCUGCCCUUACCCCAAGUACAAGUUCACCAGAGAGGUCCAUGAGGGGUCCAGCAUUCCCUUCACCCAAAAGCAGUUUCUCCAUCACACGGAUAUUAUUCCCGGCAUCAUGCACUGGAAGAAGUUCCGGUCACUGGUUCUGUCGUCCCUGCCCAACCCUUCUAGGACAGAGCCGACACGGAGCUACGAUUCCCUCAACCCAGUUAUGCUUCCUGUGGACGUCCCUGCUGUCGUGCACGACUUACCAGAAGAAGACAGACUGGAAAUCAUCGAACGUGAGCUCUGUGAACAGGAUGUAGACAUUAUGUUGACUCCAGAAAUGAUCCAGGUGGAAUUCCCAAUGUUGGACCACAAAGACACCAAGAAGGAGAAAGAGGUGAGAGACGAGGCACAGCCCCCUGAGAAGGCGGGAGAGAAGAUGCUGGAGGAGGUGAAGGACCUGCGGGCGAGAGCUCUCAGCCCCUACCUGAUUCUGGAGUGA